CCUCUGAUCCAGCGCACUGCGAGUUCAUGGGGCGCUGUCAGAGCGUGCCACCCCGGUUCGAGACGCUUAUCCCCCGCCUCUCUACUCCUGCCACCAGGGGCCCCUCCUAUCGGCCAUCUGCCCAUUGCUCACCACGCUACUGGCGGGGGGAGUGUCCCUGCGUGAUUUCUCUAGUAGCCCCGCAGGCUUGCUGGAGCGGGAGGCAGCAGGAUGCACACGUGCAGGAAGGCGUUCAGGGGCCCGUGCGCCGGAGGUGGCGAACCCUCCCCAGGCACGGGACACGCUCCGCCACCUCCAGCCCCAGCCCCGGGCUGCGUCUGGCGGCGCAGUGCGCACGCGCGCCCACAGCGCCCGCUCACCGCCGUCGCGCAGUUUGGCCCGGAAGCAGCCGGCGGCCCGGCCGGUCGGAGCCGCGCGCUGGUGUUGCCGUAGCGGCGGGGAGGAUGCGGCGCGCCGGGAUGGCUCGUGCGGAGUGAGGAAGAGUCCGACCCCCUUCCACUCCCCCCCACCUCGGCUCCGCUCUGGCUUCAGGCCCCUUCUCUCUGCGCUGCGGCGGGCGGAGGCGGCGCAAGGAGAAGCCUAUGGAGGGGAACCGGGACGAGGCCGAGAAAUGCAUCGAGAUCGCCCGGGAGGCGCUGGAGGCCGCCAACCGCGAGCGGGCGCUGCGCUUCCUCCACAAGGCCCAGAAGCUCUACCCGACCGAGACCGCCCGAGUUUUGUUGGAAGCAAUUAUGAAGAAUGGAAGUGCUGCUGGGAGUGGUCCAUACUGCCAAAAGCCAGCAAAUGGCAAUGAUCAAAGUAAACCCAGUAGUACAAAGGACAGCAAUGCGUCUGCUGCAGGUGAAAGUGGGAAAGGCUACACCAAAGAUCAAGUGGAAGGAGUACUCAGUAUAAAGAAAAGUAAAAAUUAUUAUGAAGUACUCAGAGUGUCAAAAGAUGCAGGUGAAGAAGACUUGAAGAAGGCUUAUCGAAAGCUUGCUUUGAAAUUUCAUCCAGACAAAAACCAUGCACCUGGAGCAACAGAUGCUUUUAAAAAGAUUGGAAAUGCAUAUGCUGUGCUGAGCAAUCCAGAAAAACGAAAGCAAUAUGACCUUACAGGCAGUGAAGAGCAAGCAUGCAAUCACCCUGGCAAUGGUAGAUUUAAUUUCCACAGAGGUUGUGAAGCUGAUAUUACUCCAGAGGAUUUAUUCAAUAUGUUCUUCGGAGGAGCGUUUCCAUCAGGUAGUGUACAUUCAUUUUCUAAUGGUCGAGCUGGCUACAGUCAUCCUAAUCAACACCGUCAUAGUGGACAUGAGAGAGAAGAGGAGAGGGGUGAUGGAGGCUUUUCUAUGUUCAUCCAGCUGAUGCCUAUUAUUGUAUUGAUCCUCGUCUCUUUGUUGAGCCAGUUGAUGGUUUCUAAUCCUCCUUAUGCCUUGUACCCAAGAUCUGGUACAGGGCAGACCAUCAAAAUGAAGACAGAAAACCUGGGUGUCAUUUAUUAUGUCAGCAAGGACUUCAGAAAUGAAUACAAAGGAGUGUCAUUACAGAAGGUGGAAAAGAGUGUGGAAGAGGACUAUGUGUCCAACAUUCGAAAUAACUGUUGGAAGGAGAGGCAGCAAAAAACAGACUUGCUGUACGCAGCAAAAGUGUACCGAGAUGAUCGCCUCCGAAAGAAAGCAGACUCCUUGCCCAUGGACAACUGCAAAGAACUAGAAAGGCUCACCAGUAUCUAUCGAGGAGGAUGAACUAGAAUUUUACCCGUGCAUCCUUAAGUACGCUAUUAUAUCUCUUGUCAAGUGAGAAGAGAUUUAGCUUCAUCCUGAAAGUUGAAAAGAGGGUGGAUGUAAAACUCUACUGUGUAGCUGUUUCCAGAAUCCUUAUGAUGAAAUUUCAUUUAAUGGCUUCUUUACCUACUAUGAAAUAUAGAACAAAGUCAGUUUACAUAUUUUAAUUGUUUAGAUUUUACUUCAAAGGUUUCCAUGAAUUCUUUCAGCAGAGAGAGUAGCUCAGAAAGGAUGCCACGCUUGUAGAGACUUAGUCAUAGUGGUUCUCCUCUAACAUAUUUGUCAUGUAAAUAUCUAUGGAAAGAACACUUUGUGUAUAUACAAGUUAAAUGACUUUCUAUUUAAAAUCUCAGAAAUUUAGCUCCAUAAAACAUUUUGUUUCACUGAUGAAAUAAAUAGUAUGACUACAUCACUCCUUAUUCAGAUGUCAAGUGUGUGUAGUUUAAAAAAAAAAAUGUUAAACACUUUAUCUCUAACUUUAUGUAAAAUCUUCAGGCUUUACCAGCUUAGAGGAACUUGAUAUUUUUAAAAUAUAGCAGUGUAUAUUCCGAAAUAUAUGUUGGGAUAAAUUUAAUUUGGUGUAGAGUAGCAGUUAGCUGUUGUCGUUUUUAAGAAUUUCUGACCAAUACUAAGAAAACCAAGAGCUUCACUAAUCUCUUUUAAAAGUAAAUAUUUGUAAAGUGCUAUGCAGAAGUUAUGAACAUUGCUUUUAGUACUUGGAGUACUUUACAGCAACUCUGCCCUUUGGUAUUUCAGUUGUAUAUAAGUCCAUAAGCAUGUUGAACAUGCAUUCCCAGGUUCCUUAUUUUUCACUGAAAAGGUAGAGGGAAAACCUGCAAUAGUAAUUAGUUUAAAAAAAACAAACAAAAACAAUGUUUCCUCUGGGGAGAUUCGCAGUUUCUCAUUUCAAGCUAGUAUCUUAAAACUGAUUCCUAUUCACUCAACACAAGUGGAAUAGGAAAAUCACUGCUCAAGUCAAGCGUUGUGCCUUUUAACACUUCUGACAAUUAACUAUUAAAUGCUUAGCUGCCUUGUAACAUUUUGCUGUGAUCAGAGCCCCACAAAUUUGAUCAAGUACAGGAACAAGAGGAAGUUACAAGAAAUAAAGUUGUUUCAGUCCAGAAUCUUGCUGGAUGGACUUCCUGUAGAUGAGAAAACAUACCAUUUAACUAUUAAAUACAAUAAAGUAUCAUUUAAUUCCAUGGACUGAACAUGUAAAUUAUAUGUAUCCACACAUGCUGUCACAAAUUAAGGGGCAUUCUGAAAAAACUGGAUACAGGGUGUGUGGUGCUGAUAGAAAGAAAUGAGUAGGUGCUUUGAGUGUAGUAGGUGAAAUUUCUACAUCAUUGUACUUUUGUCAAUGCAACAUAGCAAAAUAUUUUGUCUUUCAUUUGUGAAUGCUGGCUAUUUGGUAAUAAGGGCAGUCCAUUGUUUUAGAGAAUUUCUCUCUCUAAAUUUAUCAAAUUGUGGGGAGGCAAAUUCUGCUCUCUGGUUAUAACAGUGUAGCUACUUAACUGAAGUCUUCAACUUCAUUGGGCUUACUUUGGAUUUACACUGGUGUACUUUGUGAGCAUAAUUAGUCCUCAGAGCCACAUUAAAUGCUGCUAAUUUGAGUGGACCUUAAGCCUUUUGUGUUUACCUUUUCUAAAGUGUCUCACUGGAAGUGCCCAGUAUUGUAUAUGGUGGUGUAACAUGGAACAGGCUGGCUGGUGACGUACAAAGCUAAUAGCCAAACCAAAACAUUCUUGCUCUUUUGGAAGAGGUAAUGUUCAUAGUAGAAAUCAAAGGUGAACUUCAAAGCGAAGAGCUGAAAACUGAAACGAAGCAGGGUUUCUGUGCUGAAUGUCCCCACGAAUCUGGUUUUGGGGCAAGGAGAGACAAAUGAUGUAUCACAUUCAUCUGUUUAUUGUAGAAAUCAUCCAAAUGUUUGCAGUUUGCCUUAGAAGUAAAGAAAGCAAGCAAAUGUGGAUUACCUAAAUUCUAAAAGUAUCCCGAAAGCAUCAUAAAUAUGCUAAUUUGGAGGACAUAACAUCAAAGAACUUGUCAAAUUCUCUAGAUAGUCGUAAUAGAAGAAUUUUUUCAAUGGUCUUGAGCAAAUGCACUGGCCUCCUGCUUCAUAGAUAUGCCUGUAUGCUUGUGGGUGCCAUUUUUUCAGUGAACACAAAAGGAAAUGAUUUCAUAGUGUGUUUAUAAAAUAUGGGGGCUGUGAAAUCACAGUUAAGAAAUAUUUUUAAUAAAGCUGCUUACAAUAAACCUGUAGUUACUGCACAGUUAGAACUAGGCUGCUACAUUCCAUUGAAUUAUAAAUUAUUAGAAAAAUAAUUACCUUUCUAAGCAUAUUCCAUUUAAAAAACAUGUUUUGAUUGGUUGAAAAAAUGCUGCUUAACACUUAAUAGAUUAAGUAUUUGCAGUCUCUCUUACUGAGACCAGGGUAUGGGGACUGGGGAAGCAUGGGUAUUACUUCCUAUACCUGCCUACCUUAAAGGUGAUCUGCAAGGAUUCUUUUAAAGUUGGCCAUGUGUCCUGUUUUGCUUCUUUGUAAUGUAUUUUAAAAAUAAAAGUCUGGGGGUUUUUACUUUUUUUAAAAAAAACUUAAUAUCAGGAAUGUCAAGUCUCCUUUUCCUUGGUUUUGCUGAAGGAUCUUCUGGGUAGCUCAAAGUAUGUUUCUUGUGAGCAAGAUGUUAACUGAAGGGAUAAAUAUCCUUUCUCAAAAAUGUGAAUUAGUCUUAAGUUAAAUAUUAUCAAAAAAACAAACCAGAGUUUUAAGCAGCCUGACUUAAAAAUCCCUGCACUUUUUAGCCGCUCGGAUUUUAAUCUGGACUUUUGUGAGUCAGUCACUUCACUAGUCCUCCAGUCACCAUAGAGAUUUCCAGCUUGCACAGAACCUGAAUUUCUCAACUGAAAAACCAGCUGAGAAAAAUCAUUUAACAAAAGAGAUCCUUGUAGGCUAACUUGAUAUAUAAUAAAGAAGCAAAAACAAGCCCAUUUAUUUCCUUUGCAAAGGUGACCUUUAAAAAAAAUCCCCACAACAUAACAUCUAUGUUUUAGUCAGUGGAGAACCCUGAUUUGUUACCAGUUUACGGUAAUAUAUAUUUUGCACAUUUGGUAAACAUUUCAGUAGAAGUUCUGUUUGUUUACCUAAAAACAAACUUAAAAGUGAAUUUAGGACUUUAAAAAAAAAAAGACUUAUUUGUAAGAUUACAAAAGACAAAGUUUAUAGCCAUUAAAAUAUAGUUAGCACUUUAUUUUAAAGCAAGGAUCUCAAACUCAGAUCACCACGAGGGCCACAUGAGGACUAGUACGUUGGCCCGAGGGCUGCAUAACUGAAACCUUUUCAUACAAUGAUACAAAAGUAUAGUCAAAAAUGAAAAAAAUGAAGAGUAAUAUAGUAUGCUAUUAAAAGUCAAUGUAGUAACUUUUUAAAAACUGUAAUGCGAAGAGGGGUUUUAAUAAAAUAUAAACACCUGUAACUAUUCCUUAUGUGGUCAGUAACACUGAGGAUGAUCUAUACUAACAGUCUAUCAACACAGCUGUAAUUGCAGAAACUUUUUAAAGUAACUAUACAUACAAAAUAUGUUGUCACUUUUAACAAACAUUCUUCCCAACUACUUACAGCAAAGAAUCUCACAUGCUGAACUUCAUACGUCAGACUCCUCAUUUAGUCCAUGAGGCCCUGCCACUGCCCUGCCUCUUCCCACCCCUUCACUGACCCCAUUCCAACACCUUCCCCAAAGUCCCCGCCCCAACUCCGCCUCCUCUCUGCCCCUAUUCCAACCCCUUCCCCAAAUCCCUGUCCCAGUCCUGCCUCUUCUCCACCUCCUCCCCUGAGCAUGCCAUGUCCCCGCUCCUCCCCCCUCCCUCUUGGAAAGUCCUAAGUGCUGCCAAACAGCUGUUUGGCAGCGCGAAGUGCUGUGAAGUAGGCGGAGGAGCAGGGAGGAGGGGAUCCUGGGAGUUUGGCUGCCAGUGGAGUUGGCGCCUAUGAUGGGCUGCAGGAAAUAAUUCCGCUGGCUGUGUGUUUGAGACCCCUGUUUUAAAGGAUCAGAGUCAAUUUAAAAACUUCCCUCUGGAAAUCUUUGACCUAUUGUUACAAGUAACAAGUAAGAGUGCUAUUAUGAUGAAGAGGCAAAACAAUAUCUAUUUUUCAAGUUUGUUUAUUUUGUAGUAGUUUCACUGACUGACUCACUAUUACAGGGGAAUCAGUGUCCUCUGUGUGGGUCUUUCACAUAGCAACAAGUAGAGGAAAACACAGGAAAAUGCAAUAGUAAAACGAAAAACUGACGGGAACUCAAAGGUAGGCGUCAUUACCUGAAACUUUCACCCUUUUUAUUUAAUUCACCAAAGUGAUCGUAAGAAUGGUCAUACUGGAUCAGACCAAAGGUCCAUCUAGCCCAGUAUCCUGUCUUCCAACAGUGGCCAAUGCCAGGUACUCCAGAGAGAAUGAACAGAACAGGUAAUCCAUCAAGUGAUCCAUCCCAUCGCCCAUUCCCAGCUUAUGGCAAACAGAGGCUAGGGACACCAUCCCUGCCCUUCUGGCUAAUGGCCAUUGAUGGACCUAUCCUCCAUGAACUUAUCUAGUUCUUUUUUGAACCCUGUUGUAGUCUUGGCCUUCACACCAUCCUCUGGCAAAGAGUUCCACAGGUUGAGUAUGUUGUGUGAAGAAAUACUUCCCUUUGUUUGUUUUAAAUCUGCUGCCUAUUUAAUUUCAUUUAGUGACCCCUACUUCCUGUGUUAGGAGGAGGAGUAAAUAACACUUCCUUAUUUACUUUCUCCACACCAGUUAUGAUUUUAUAGAGCUCUAUCAUAUCCAAUUAGUCAUCUCUUUUCCAAGCUGAAAAGUCCUAGUCUUAUUAAUCUUUCCCUCAUAUGGAAGCUAUUCCACACCCCUAAUCAUUUUUGUUGCCCUUUUAUGUACCUUUUCUAAUUCCAAUAUAUCUUUCUUGAGAUGGGGCGAUCAGAUCUGCAUACAGUAAUCAAGAUGUGGGCAUAACAGGGAUUUAUAUAGAGGCAACAUGAUACUUUGUCUUCUUUUCUGUGCCUUUCCUAAUGAUGCCCAACAUUCUGUUCACUUUUUUGACUGCCGCUGCAUAUUGAGUGGAUGUUUUCAGAGAGCUAUCCACAAUGACUCAAAGAUCUCUUUUUUGAGUGGUAACAGCUAAUUUAGACCCCAUCAUUUUAUAUGUUGGGAUUACAUUUUCUAAUGUGCAUUGCUUUGCAUUUAUCAACGUUGAAUUUCAUCUGCCAUGUCGUUGCCCAAUCACCCAGUUUUGUGAGAUCCCUUUGUAACGCUUGUAACUCUUUGGAAUUAACCAUCUUGAGUAGUUUUGUAUCAUCUGCAAAUUUUGCCACCUCACUGUUUACCCCUUUUUCCGGAUCAUUUAUUAACAUGUUGAAUAAGACUGAUCCCAGUACAGACCCCUGGGGGACACCACUAUUUACCUCUCUCCAUUCUGGAAACUGACCAUGUAUUCCUACCCUUUGUUUUCUAUCUUUUAACCAGUUACCAAUCCAUGAGAGGACCUUCUCUCUUAUCCCACGACAGUUUACAUUGCUUAAGAGCCUGCAUUGCAACCUUCUCAGUUUCUUUUCCAAAGGGAACAAACAUCACAUUCCAUAGAUAUAUUGUAGGUGUGAUCAAAAUCUUUCAUUAUUUAAACCUCCUGUUUUCCUAUCCUUUGUAGUACUUGUGGUGUCACUCUAGCAGAAACCAGAAAAUGUGGAGCUCAGAUUUCUCAGGACCUUGGAAGAGAUUUUGCUGAAGAUGUAGUGCUUAAUAACAAUUUUACAUAGCCAAAUACUUUUCCCCCUCUUGGUGAAGCUGCUUUCUUUGAAAUCCGUGGCAAAAUUCCAUUUCAUUGAACUCAGUGGCAAAUGUCAUUUAUUAAAUACAAUACAGUAUAAUUUAAUUCCACGAACGGAGUAUGUAUGUUCCAUCUAUCAACACAUGCUGACAAAUUACGGGACUUCCUGAACCUGUGGGAUACAGGGUACAUGAUGCCUGUAGAAAGAGUGAGAGAGUGUUUGAGUUAGUAGGUGACAGUGAUUCAGUUGCUCUUUGGGGACUUCAGUGGGGCUUGGGGGCGGGGGGGAACAAAAGUGGAAUUAGCCAUUUGCAGUAUCAGGCCCAUACACCUUAGCAAAGCCAUUCAUUUUACUUUAAAUCAUUCUUGGUGUACAGUAGGGAACAGUUUAAUCUUAAACCUCUGUUCACGGUUUUCCCCCAUGUAGCCAUUUUAAUUAUACCAGAAGCUCCCAUGAUCUGUUAAUGAGGCAGCUGAAGAUUUUACAGGGAUCUUAUUUCACUGGGAAUCUCUUUAGAAGUUACCUUAGUCCACCAAAUCCAUUAUUUUAUCCUAUGUUCCUAUGAUUAUUUUUGGUAGGAGAUAGUGGGUCCUCAACUUUCAUUAAAACUAAUUGCCUUUUUCAUAUUCUGCAAGAAUGAUUUGUAUCUCUUUAUGCCUGAACUGGUGGUUUGUUUGUUUUUAACACAAGGCCAAAUAUUCAAAAGUACUCCGAAUUUGUUGUGGAGCUGGAUUUUUCAAAAGAGCUUAACUUCUAUUUAGGCACUUAAAGCAGUCAGAUUUUCAAAAGUUCCCAACACCCAGCAGCUCCUGUUUAGUACAAUAACAGCUGUUGGAUGCUGAGCGCCUUUGAAAAUCUGCUCCUAUGGUCUUGGGGGAGAGGGUUGAGGUUGUUCUUUGUUACAACCAUCUGAACAAGCGAAAUACUGAAUAUUCACAACCGCUAUUUGUACUUAUAAAAAUACAGGCAAUCUUGCAUUAUGUGACAACUUCAUUUCCCUUUUUGAAUAUGGUAUGUAAUACUUAUAUAGUAUCAUGCAGAUCCAUAGUUAUAUGAUGCAUGCACAUGCAAAUACUAAUAUAUGCAUACACCUAUAUAUCUAUAAAACUGCAUUUACUGGAAAUGGGCCUCAAUGGGGAGGGGCAAGUAAGUCAUGAACUAUCUUGAUAAGGUCUCUGAGCAUUUCAGUCUUUCACCUUCUACUGUUAACUUUGAGAGUAACGUUGUUGGCAUUGUUAAAAAAAAUUUUUUUAAACCAUUUGCUUUUUGGGUAUUAACCAUCAUAGCAGAAACAUUUAUAAUCUUAUGAAAAUGGAUAAACUUCCCACAAUGCUUGAUUAUUGUUAAUUGACAAAUUUUCAAUUUUGAUCUUUCGGAAUCUUCACCUUUUCCCUAACUGAGUCAGCCUACCACUUGAACUGUGUGGAUUGUAAUCCACUGACUAACCACGUCGUAAGUUUAGGUUCAUCAUCAUGAACCAACACAAGAUUCCCUUUCGUCCAUUAAAUCUGCAUGGAGAUGCGUUUUGUUCCUCCACAUAGUGGGAUAGAGGAAUGAAUGAACACAGUGAUCAGACUGUCCAGUUUUGGGCACUUAACAGAAUAGAUGGCUGCCUCUAUAUUUCUAAUCCCAUCAAUUUAGCUGAAGAAGGGGGCGGGGAGAGGGUGCGAACUGAUAGGAGAAACUUGGAAAAGGAAAAAGAAAACCAUCCUUUUAACUUUCAUGCAGAUCUAGUCUGUGUUUAAGGGGAAAUAGGUAGAAUGAGGCCUCUUGGUGUAAUCUUUUAGAUGACUUUGUAAUCUUGAAGGAAAGCUUCAGGUUUCAAGCUCCUUUUUCAGUUUGGUUACUCACUAUUAAAGAUAUGAAUUUUUUCCAAUAUGUUUAAAUAAUUUCCUUUUUAAGCAUGUUGAACAGAAACAUAAAUAUUCCUUAUAUUAAGGGUUAUGUGAAAUGUAGUUUUUAAAGCUUCUUUGCAUGUAUAAUUUCCCUGACAAAUACAUGAUUCCUUUUCACUCAGUAACAAGGUUUGCUGGUCUUGGGACCACUAGACUUGUGAAUCCUGUGUGUGCAUGUGUUUAGAGGUGUAUAUAUUUCUUUUCCAGCUAAUACCUCAAACUUGUGAUAGUUUAAUAUUGUGCCACUGUAAGUUUGCACAGAGCAGAGCUUCCAUUAGGAAUUAAAAUUAUCCACCCAAUUUUGAGAGUUCUGGUGUCACUGAUCUUUAAAUGCUUUUUUUCCCUGCCACCCCGACCCCCUCAGUAUGUGGGUAAGAAUUCCCAUUACAGCAGGGGUGGGCAAACUUUUUGGCCCAGGGACCACAUCUGGGUAUGGAAAUUGUAUGGCAGACCAUGAAUGCUCAUGAAAUUGGGGGUGGAGUGCAGGAGGGGGUAAGGGCUCCGGUUGGGGAUGCAGGCCAGAAAUGAGGAGUUCAGGGUGUGGGAUUGGGCUCCGGGCUGGGGUAGGGGGUUGGAGUGCAGGGGUGUGUGUGAGGGCUCUGGCUGGGGGUGCAGGCUCUGGGGUGAGGCUAGGGAUGAGGGGUUGGGGGUGCAGGAGGCUGCUCCAGGCUGGGGUUGAGAGGGCGGGAGGGGGAUCAGGGCUGGGGCAGGGGUACAGGUGCUGAGUGGUACUUACCUCAAGCAGCUCCCAGAAGCAGUGGCAUGUCCCCGCUCCAGCUCCUAUUCGGAAGCACUGCCAGGCGGCUCUGCAUGCUGCCCUGUCCACAGACACCACCCCUGCAGCUCCCAUUGGCUGUGGUUCUUGGCCAAUGGGAGCUGCGGGGGCAGUAUGUGGAGCCUCUUGGCUGCCCCUAAGCGGUAGGAGCCAGAGCGGGGACAUGCCAUUGCUUCUGGGAGGUGCGCGGAGCGAGACAAGCCCCAGACCCCGCUCCCUGGCGGGAGCGCGAGGGCCAGAUUAAAACGUCUGGAGGUCCGGCUGCAGCCCCUGGGCUGUAGUUUGUCCACCCUGCAUUACAGGGUCCAUUUUUAGAAAAUUAUACCCUUUUGCUCUGCUCAGCAAUCUGAAAUCUGACAAAGUAAAAAGCAUUUCUCAAUGUGAAUAAACUGAAAUGUGGUUGGAAAUGGCUUACAUUUGAAAUGACAUUUCUGAACUUGCUGCUGGUACUGGCUGUUUUGCUCAAUUGUGACUGAUAUUUUACAAGUGUAUGUUGGAGAAUAUAAAGUCCCUCACCUGCUUUAAAAAUCUGAAGGAAUUCUAAAUGCUUGUUCUUUGGACUUUUAUAAAAAACAGUGCGGGAGAGGUUAUACAGUCUUUGCAAAUCAUGUUCAAGACACCUAAUAAAUUUAAUAGAAGGCUUGCAAAAGAAAUCCGGUGAAAUGAAGGUAGUAUCUUAACAACGAAGAUCUUAUUUUAUUUUGUCUAAUUUGAAAGCAUUUUCAAGAUUUAAAGGUUAAGUUUUAAAAAAAGACUUGUCUGAUUUAUAAUAUCUAAUGUAAUAUUAGACAUAUCAAAAUAAAAUUAUUUUCAGUGUGAAAA